AAAGAGCACGGGAAAACAUGUGAGCGGUCUGAAGACUUUAGUGAGAGACAACUUUAAGGUCUUUUAUGUAUUUUUCUGACCCCGUGCGUGCACACACCGCCGUGCUGUGCCAUAAAGGAAUUACAUCCAAAGGAACGUCACGGCUCUUUUGCAGUUCACGCUGUUUUUUUGGUUAAUGACUUUUUGAGUUCAUCAGGAGAAAUUGUGUUAUUGUUUUGCUUUUUAUUCAAUUUUAUUCAUUUUUAUUUCAUAUCUGAUAUAUGAAAGCAAAAAUUAGUUAUUUUUAACUUCUUUUUUUGUAGCAGUGAAUCAAAUUUAGGGCACCUGCUCUGACCAGAAAAAAAUAGGCUAUAUUGGCAAUUUUCUUGUAGCAACAGCCGUCUGCUGCUUGGAGAUCUUUAUAUCCUAAAUUAAACAAGAAACGUAUGCAUUGCAUUGCGGGUUGACAUUUUUCUUUUAAAGGGAGAUUUUGUUGUGUUUUGUUGUAUUAUUAUUUGGGUCUAUUUUAUGAUCUUUUAAAAACUAUGAAGCAUUUGCAAUUCGUUCUCGUCCUGGCCGUCGCGGUCAACUUGUGGGAAUGUGGAGACGCAAAAUUCGGUGAGAGGGGAGAAAUUAGCCCAAGGAGGAGAAGAUGUUACGACGGAAGCUUGCCCAAGCGGCUGAAGAAAAGGGAGCGAAAAGUGUUGCUUGACGGCAGCAGUGGAGAAGUUUGCCACAGGUUGUAUCCCCGCGUGUCCUGCUGUCCCACCAGGAGAGCCGCCUACCAGAUCCUGCACCGCAGGGAUGCCAGGAUUUUCUCCACCAACAACACAGAAUGUGGACGUCUCCUGGAGGAGAUCAAGUGUGCACACUGCUCCCCAAAUGCCCAGGUGUUGUUCCACUCCUCGGACAUGGAUAAGAUGCCACACAGGGAGCCAGACCUGCCACUGCUCUGCCAAGACUUCUGCCGAGAGUUCUACUACACCUGCAGGGGGCACAUACCAGAACUGUUCCAAGCUGACGUGGAUGAGUUCUGCCAGUACUAUGGGAGGAGAGAUGCCAGUCCAUGCUUUCCAGAUUUUCAACGAAAGCAACCACAAGGGCAAGAUUCCAACUACUUGGGAGAUGAAAAAAUAGAAGAUAUCAGCAGGAAACACAAACACAACUGCUACUGUGUCCAGGAGGUGUUGAGUGGUCUGAGGCAGCCGGUGGCCAUGGUGCACUGUGGGGAUGGAUCCCAGCGGCUUUUUGUCCUCGAGAGGGAGGGAAUUGUCAGGAUACUGGACCAUGACCUGGAGCUAAUCAAGGAGCCUUUCCUGGACAUCCACAAGCUGGUGCAGAGCGGCCUGAAGGGUGGAGAUGAAAGGGGCCUGCUAAGCCUGGCAUUCCACCCCAAUUACAAGAAGAAUGGCAAGCUCUACGUCUCCUACACCACCAACCAGGAGCGCUGGGCCAUCGGACCACACGACCACAUUCUCCGUGUGGUUGAAUACACCGUUUCAAGAAAAAACCCAAACCAGGUGGACACCCGAACUGUCCGAGUGUUGAUGGAAGUUGCAGAGUUGCACAGGAAACACCUCGGAGGUCAACUUCUGUUCAGCCCUGAUGGUUUGCUGCACAUCAUCCUGGGAGAUGGCAUGAUCACCCUGGAUGAUAUGGAGGAGAUGGACGGACUAAGUGAUUUCACAGGGUCCGUCCUGAGAGUAGAUGUGGACACAGACACCUGCACAUCAGCUUAUUCCAUACCACUGAACAACCCGUACUUCAACAGCACCAACCAGCCACCUGAAAUCUUUGCUCAUGGAUUACAUGACCCAGGCAGGUGUGCAGUGGAUCGGCUUCAGUCAGAGAAUGGGAGUUUGCUGAUUCUCUGUACAGAUGCUAGCGGCAAAAAUACAUCCGCAGGAAGAAUACUGGAAAUAACUAAGGGCAAGGAUUAUGAAAAUGAGCCUUCAGUCUAUGACCUGCAGUCCACCGGAGGAGCACCGCCUGUGGGGGGUUUCAUCUACAGGGGCUGCCAAUCUAGAAGACUUUAUGGCAAUUAUGUGUUUGGAGAUAAAAAUGGAAACCUGCGAAUCCUCCAGAAGACUACAUCGUCAACAUUAGAAAGUGAGGAGCAGUGGCAGGAGAAAGCUCUGUGUCUGGGCUCGGCUGGCUCCUGUGGCUCCUUGCUUGUGGGACACAUCUUGGGUUUUGGAGAAGAUGAAUUAGGUGAAGUCUACAUACUGGCAAGCAGUAAAAGCCUGGUGCAGUCACACAGCGGGAAACUCUACAAACUGGUAGACCCUAAAAGGCCUCAUGCUCCAAAGGAGUGCCAGCGUCCGGUGGAGCCUCCAGAGCUGCUGAUGACGGCUUGUUCCAGACACUGUAAGAACGGACACUGCACUCCUACUGGAAAGUGCUGCUGCAGCCCCGGGUGGGAGGGACCCCUCUGCAGAGUUGCCAAAUGUGAACCAGUCUGCCGCAAUGGAGGAGUGUGUAUGGAGCCCAGCAAGUGCCUCUGUAAGAGCGGCUACUCUGGGCCCCAGUGUGAGAAGAGUGAGCAGGGAAUGCCCAACGACCAGGAGAAAGACGGCAUAAUGGACCACAUCAUUGACAUGACCUCGUAUCUCCUGGACCUGACCAGCUACAUCGUAUAGGGGUGUGCUGGGGGGGAGCUGCUUCCCCACUGUCCCCCUCAAGUCGACACAAAUCUACCUACCACCACCAGCAGACUCUAACGAGGUGUCCUUAAUAAGGCUUCUUAAUCCCUCACACACACACACACACACACACACACACACACACACACACACACACACACACACACACACACACACACACACACACACACACACACACACACACACACACAGGAUCCAUGUCAGACUGCUUUUAAUCCUCAUCACUGAACUCUUCCUCUUCCACCUAUAAGCUACUUGCUCCUGAGCACCAGGCCUGGCAUCCAAGCCGUGUUCACUUUUCAGAGACCUGCAGGCACCAGCAACAUGAUUGAGAAGCAUGGCUGAGUUAGGGUAGCUCAGUUCACUUCCUCUGCCGUUCAGAAAACACUCUCACAAAGGUCACUCCACAGGAACAGGAACUCUGCAAACGAGAACAUUUUUACCCCAAGACUUUGGAUCUUUUCUGGGGCCAUUUGUUGCCUUACUUCUGGUGGGAGACCCCUCCCACCAGAAAAAUGGAGUCUGAGGCACUUCAACUGAGACUCAAAUGAUUGUUCAGGGGUUCUUUAAGGAUUUAAAGUUGUAUGGAGUGGUGGGGCUGAAGGUUCAAUUUGUAGUUAAGGUCUAUUCAAAAUGAACAAAUGGAAAGUCUACAUACACAGACUCUGAAGGAACGCUCUGCAGCUCUGCUAAAAAAAACAACAACUGAGAAGUCCAUGAGAGUCGUGGGUCACAUAGAGCCCAAAGUGCUUAGUGCUGUACUAUUUUAAAAAGGAACUAAUACGAGAGAGAUGAACCAUGUUGUCUCACCUAUAAUGUUGUAUUUAGUUUGUGAGCGCAUUUUCAUGAAACGUUACAGUAUACAGUCUGUAUACUCUGCUUUGCAACACUCAUUUGCUACAAAUGAACAGGAUGGAUCUUCAACAAAGGACUGGUACUGACACGGAAAAAUGAACGACUGAGUUUGUCAAAGCCAGUCUCAAUCUGAACCGAGUUUUUGGCUCCCAUGCACUGUAUACAUGUUUUAUUUUUCCAUUCACUUUGUUUUCAAAAUGGGGUUGUCGUUUAAAGCGCAAUGACACAAGUUACGCAUUUAACAUAUAGGCACCAUCACUCUAUAACAGGUGUGGUUUUACAAUCUCUUGUCAUUGCGUCACACACUGAAACUGAACCUGAAUUAAAAUCUACAAAGGGAAGAGAAUUGCGCGGUGAUGUAUAUUUCCAAUAGUGCUUACCUAAGUAUUGCUUAGCAUUGCAAAAAAAAAAAUAUUACUAUUGUUAUCAUAGAGGAGGGUUUAUUUUUUUAAGCGUAAUAAUAUAUGGGAGAGAACCGUGUUUAUAGAAAGCAGUUUUACACUAAGCUUGUCAGUUCAUGUCAUUUUCUUGUACUUAAACAUACAACUUCUUCUGUUAAGAGAGACCAGUGUGUUAAAGUAAUGCAUGUCUGUGCCUGCAUUAAGUAAUUUCAAGUGAGAUUAUCAAAGAUCCCGUCAGGCCGCCAAGGCGUUGUGGAAGCAGAACACAGUCAGAGGUGAUCUUAUCUACAAACAGGAGACUUUAGAUUAACUUUUAGUCUAAUGGAAAAUAAUGUGCAGACAUUACACUCGAUUGAGCAUCUGACUGCUGCUGUCAGAAAACAGUUCAACACAGACUGGGCUGUCUGGAGCAACAUCAAUGUGCUGUGUCUUUUCAGAUACCACACUGAAGUUAAAAUGUAUGCAGCACAGACACAUUUUGCCAUUUAAAUUCCAUACAAUGAUUCAUGAUUAAAAACCAUCACUGUUUAAUAGUGUUGAAGACAAAUGUUUGAAAGUUUUUCUCUCCCCCAACUUUUUUUUUUCUCAAAUCAAGGCUCAAAUUAAAAAGGUCAAUUAAAGCUGUUGUUUUUUAAUCUGUGAAGAUGUAUGUCUUCUUCAUCUCCACCCUUGCUUGUGUUUGCUGAAUAAAUCAACUCUACCUGGUCUAAAUGGAACUCAUGCUGUAAAAUGGAAAAUUAUGAUUUUUUUUUAGCACUUAAUGUGAAAGUUGCAUUGUAGCUGCUGAGACGGCGUGGUGUGAAUAGAAUAACCAUUUUCAUUAUUUAAGUAGUUAAACAAACAAAAAAAUUAUUUAAGUUCUCUAUGUUGUUUUUACCAUUGUACUGUAUGCGACAAUUUUUUUAUUCCUGUAUUGUAAAUAAAACUAGGGAUAACUUUGUUUCUCUACAGAAAUAUCAAUAUGUCUAUUAAAAUUUAUAGCAUGUCUGAAA